AUGGGCCAACAACCAUGCACUUGCUGCCUCAAGCGUGAGCAAGAGUACCAAGAACUGCCGCGGUACCACUCCAUGAGCCGCGGCACGCUGCAGACGCUGCAGGGAAGCCGGGGCUAUGCGGCUGGAAGCGCCAGCCGUGCCCCACCUGCAGCUGCACCGGAAGAAAGUGGCGGCCUGGGGUUGUCCACUGGAAGCUGCAUCUUGUGCCAUGAGGUGGCGGCCAACACCAUGUGCUUACCAUGCGGGCACCUUUUGAUUUGUUUCCGCUGCUCCCUACGCUAUGCCUUGCCAGACGGCAGUGGCCUCGUUCCGGACAUCCGAUGUCCCACUUGCAAGAAGUCAGUCCAAAGCUUUCAACGCGUCUUCUUCCAGACCGCGGCCACCAUGACAAGAUUGGCGCGUCCAUCCUCGACUCGCUGGGCUGAUUGGAGGGUGGCGGCUUGA